GAUGGCCGAGAAUCCAGGUACUGCUUCGGUACGGUGGCGCUGAGAAGUGGAUGCGAGAUGAGUCCUACUUCAAGGACGGGAAGCUAGACAAGGAAUCCUUGGUGCAGUUCAUCCGAGACGUGAAAAAGUAUCCCGGUGUCUCAGACGAAGAUGCAGCCAUUCUCGCGGCCACGAAACUGGUGGAAUCACAACCGAAGAACCGAGGCUGGUAUCGAAUUACAGCCACCCGAGACAUGACAGGCAGUCGCAAAACACAACCGCAAGUCUCCAUGAAGCUAAAACAGAUGCCUUGUUUUUCCUUCGUGGGGAUCGACGAGAACUACGAUUCGGAGUCAGGCGCACUUCUUCGGUCAGUGUCGGAGCCGGCGUUGCUUCUCCAGGUGAAAACUUCAGGAGAAAUUAGAAGGGUUGUUGAGGAUUGGGACUUGAACGUGAAGUCGGUCAAUUGUCGUUAUUGGUUCUCGGGUCCGUCUUUCGUAUGCGAAACGGGGUUUUCUCGGGCUUCGAAUAUGGUGGAGGGUUCGGAAGAAAAACCCGGCCUUGCUUUUACACUUGAGUACGAAGGGGCUUUUUCUAAUCGCUCGUCGUCUCAUAUCGUCAUCCUCGAAGCUGACGUGAAAGCCUUGUUGAUCGUUGAAGCUUUGUUCGCC